AUGUCUGUAACACUAAAUAUUCAUCAGGGCCCUUCACGGAGUCCUUCACGUAGUCCAAGCGGCAGUACUGUUGAUCGGUGGCUGGACUCCUUGAAAGAAAGUAGAGAACUCCACAAAAUUUCACACCAAAUGGAGGAGCCAAUAAUUCCAGGAGUUCCAUCAGAGUUACGUGAAGUGGAAAAGAACAAAGAUUGCUACAUGCCGCGGGUGGUCUCCAUCGGUCCCUGUCACCAUGGGAAGGAAGAACUCGAGAAAAUGGAGAAGCUCAAGAUACAAAUAGCCGGCCAGUUUGUCGAAGAUGAAAGAGUGAUUGCUGAAGAAAUGUACCGCAAGGUCAAAGAAUUGGUUGGCUAUGCAAGGGAAUGCUAUGCAGAGGAGUUAACACAUCAGUUCAACGAUGAGAAAUUCGCCCAGAUGAUGUUUCUCGAUGGCUGCUUCAUUCUUGAUUUUUUCGACAACGAGCUUGAGAAAAAGAAGAUCAGGAAUGAAGAAGAAGUGGCAUUGGUAAAAAGGGACUUGUUCUUACUAGAGAACCAACUUCCUUUUCAAGUUCUCCUCCCACUGAUGAGGGGAGAACUCCACAUUCCUCCACUAAGCAUAGAUGACACAACCAAGCCCUUGCUUUUGAACUUGGCAGCCUUUGAAGCAUGCGGUGGUGGGUAUUCUGGUCUGCUCACUUCUUACGUAUGCUUUAUGCGUUCACUGAUUGAGAAACCUCAAGACGUGAACGUGCUGCGAUCGAAGGGGAUACUCUGCACCACUAUUGGAAGUGACGAUGAGAUAGCACAACUCUUCAAAGACAUGACGACCAAUCUGGUGCCCAACCCCUCUGUUUUUAUCGAGCUUAAAAAGGCCAUUGAAUCGCAUUAUAGAAACACUUUCAAGCGAUGGAUCGCUCAUUAUAAGGCUCCUAUUUCUACCACAGUGGUCAAGUACUCUUUUAUUUAUGGCUUUGUAGUAAGUGCCAUACAGGCCUACCUAGCAGAAGUUCAUAAGAAACCAGGUUUUGGCAACUGCAGCUGCCCAAAUGCCACCCAAAUACGCCAUUGA